AUGUCACUAGCACUCGGCGCCCUCUUGAUCAUGAUCACCUCCUCAGCGCUCCACUACCUCUACACAACCCUAAUAUCCAGCCCUCUAGCACGCAUCCCAGGCCCCAAAUCUUUUGCCCUGACGAAACUAUACCUCGCCCGCGAGGACUACAACGGCACGCGCACCCGCAAGCUCAACACAUUCCACAAACAAUACGGGCCCGUCGUGCGCAUCGGCCCAAACGAAGUAACCUUCAACAGCACGUCCGCACUACGCGCCAUCUACGGCGCAGGCAGCGGUUUCGAACGAACAGAAUUCUACCGGAUGUUUGAAGCCUACGGGCGGAAGAAUAUGUUCUCGUUCACGGGCGUCAAGGAGCACGGCGAGCGAAAAAAGAUGUUUGCGCAUGCGUACGCUAAGUCUGUUAUGUUGCGGGGUGAGAACGCCGCUAUGAUUGAGGGAAAGGUCAAGUUGUUCUUGGAACUAUUGGAGCGGGAAGGGCGUGUGAAUGAAAUUUUCUCGACACUGCACUACUUCUCGCUCGAUAAUAUCACCAAGUUCCUGUAUGGUCGGUUUGGGAGGACAGCGUGUCUGGAGGGCGUGGAAAAGGAUCGCGCUCUGAUUAGCGACAUUGUUGAUACCUCCCGUCGUACGUUGACCUGGUAUACGGUUCAUUUCCCCGGCUUCACGAAGUGGCUAUAUUCGCGAACUGGGAUCAUGGCGUGUGUGGCGCGCCGGUUCUACCCCAUGCGCGAGCCGACGACGUACACGGGUAUUCGGCUGCACGCGAUGAAAGCCUGUCAGGCUUUCUCCAAGGCGCCUUUGAGUGGGAGAAAUAGUGAGUCAGCUCUUAUUGCCAAGCUAUGGAAUUACCAUCGCUCGCAGAAAGAGAAUGGCAUAGAAAAUUUGGACAUCGCAGCGGAGUGUGCGGAUCACCUUCUUGCUGGGAUCGACACGACGAGCGAUACACUAAUGUUUCUCAUCUGGUCGCUCUCUCGACCUCAGCACCGCAAAUUCCAAGAGCGACUCAUCCAAGAGGUUCGGGCAAUCACAGAGGAUGGACUCAAUGCCGAUGGUGUUCCGAGGGCGGAAAUAUGCGACAGACUGCCCUACGUGGACGCUGUCAUCAAGGAGACACUACGUCUGUAUGCGCCUCUUCCGGGAUCAGAGCCACGGUCGCUUCCCAAGACAGCGACAAUCGAUGGGUUUGUGAUUCCCGCGCGGACGGUCGUGUCGAUUUCGCCGUAUGCGCUGCAUCGCAACCCGGACAUUUUCAAGGAUCCGUCGGCAUUCAAUCCCGAGCGCUGGCUUGACUCGCAGGGAUCUGCUGAAAUGAAGAAGUGGUUCUGGGCUUUUUCGAGUGGAGGAAGAAUGUGCAUUGGGAUGCAUCUCGCGAUGGCAGAGAUGACCACUUUAGUGGCAGCGAUUUACCACAAAUACAACACAGUAACCAGAGGUAAUUUCGAUGUCGUUUCUCCAGGAGUGACCGCUCGCUAUGAGGUGUUCUUCGACGAGGGCUGCAGUGGAGUGCGGGAGCAUGAGUGCCAGAUCGAGUUCGUACCUCAAUAG